UUAUCCGCUUCCUCACCAUCACGCUUGUUUCCUGGUCGUUGCUAACAACCUGCUGCCUGUAACUUCAUCCGUCCGCCGUCCCCGCAUGCAUUGACGGCUUCCAGCGGCGGUGUUUCGGGGAUGUGCACGGGGAUGUGGCCGUGUGGACGCCUCUGAGGGGCGGCCGGACUCUCGGCUCGGCUCUGGCUGCAUGCUGCUCUGGUUCUCUCCGCAGGCUGCUGUCUGACUCUGGGGGUGGGUGGGGGGGGAGGUUGCUGUGUGGCCUCCAGCCGCGGCUGCGAUUUAACUUAAUUUCUCCGCGUCGCCUUCCUCAGAAAUCAUGUUUAUUUAUUAAAGAUGGCGGCGAAGGGGACACUGUAAACUAAAUGACUGUCAGAAACAUCGCCUCCAUUUGUAAUAUGGGCACCAAUGCCUCUGCUCUGGAGAAAGACAUCGGCCCGGAGCAAUUCCCAAUCAAUGAACACUACUUUGGAUUGGUCAAUUUUGGAAACACAUGUUACUGUAACUCGGUGCUCCAGGCUCUCUACUUCUGCCGGCCUUUCCGGGAGAACGUUCUGGCGUAUAAGGCCCAGCAGAAGAAGAAGGAGAACCUGCUCACAUGCCUGGCUGACCUCUUCCACUCCAUCGCCACACAGAAGAAGAAAGUGGGCGUCAUCCCGCCCAAGAAGUUCAUCUCACGGCUACGGAAGGAGAAUGACCUGUUCGAUAACUACAUGCAGCAGGACGCCCACGAGUUCCUGAACUACCUUCUGAACACGGUUGCCGACAUCCUGCAGGAGGAGAAGAAGCAGGAGAAGCAGAACGGACGGCUCAAGAACAACGGAACCGCUGUCCCCGCCGAGGUCGAGACAGAGAACAAAACAGAGCCCACAUGGGUCCACGACAUCUUCCAGGGCACACUGACAAAUGAGACGCGCUGCCUCAACUGUGAAACGGUGAGCAGCAAAGAUGAGGAUUUUCUGGACCUGUCUGUGGACGUGGAGCAGAACACAUCAAUAACACACUGUCUCAGGGACUUCAGUAACACAGAGACUCUGUGCAGCGAAUACAAAUACUACUGUGAGACGUGCUGCAGCAAGCAGGAGGCGCAGAAGCGGAUGCGUGUGAAGAAGCUCCCCAUGAUCCUGGCUCUCCAUCUGAAGAGGUUUAAGUACAUGGAGCAGCUGCACCGCUACACAAAGCUCUCCUAUCGAGUGGUUUUCCCCCUCGAACUCCGUCUGUUCAACACCUCUGGGGACGCGGUUAACCUAGAUCGCAUGUAUGAUCUGGUGGCUGUGGUGGUUCACUGUGGCAGCGGUCCGAACAGAGGUCAUUACAUCACCAUCGUGAAGAGUCACGGCUUCUGGCUGCUGUUUGAUGAUGACAUCGUGGAGAAAAUCGACGCCCAGGCCAUCGAGGAGUUUUACGGGCUUACCUCAGACAUCUCCAAGAACUCUGAGUCGGGAUACAUCCUCUUCUACCAGUCCAGGGAGUGACUGGAUCCGGAUCAGAGACUCAGGAGGACACCGCAUAGGAUGAGACGUUUUCUUUUUAAUAACCUUUUUUUUUUAUUUCUACCUUCAGCCUAACAGACCCAGACUCCUGUCGUGUUUCAUCUCAUCCUGCCCCCUGUUCCCUGAAGUCUCUCUGACGUAUGUGCCAAUCCUCCCAUCUCUGUCUUUACCUGUCUGUCAUCCGUCUCUCUUUCUCUCUGUGAUUUUCUUCUUGCCUUUAUGUCACCUGCAUCUGGACUGCACUUUAAAAACAGAAGCAAAAAUGCUCAACAGCAUAACUGAAACAAAACCGAGUCUGCUCUGGAAACUGGAGCCGUGUGUGCUCCCUUUGUGUAGACUCGUGUGAGAAUCCUGCAGAGGGGAUUCUCUGUGAUAUGAUGAAGAGUCUGGUGCACAUACAGACGGUUGUGCUAUAUCAUUUCUGUGUACAUAAGGUCUAUUUUCAAGCUGUGUCGCCCCUCUAUAAAUCCUUCAUUAGGGCUAUUUUCCCGUCACGGUGUGUCGUUCGAUGAUUCCCUGUCCCGGGUGGAUGCAUGAGAGGUGAAUGAAGUUGGAGACAAACACUGUAUAAUACUCACACACAGAUCUCAUGCAGUUUUUAAGCAAUACCUGAGCAUUAAGAGGAGAGAGCUGAAAACUACCUGAACCUUAUCUGUACCUGCAGAGCGGUUCUUCUGUCCCUGUGUACGCUGCUGUCCGUCUGCUCAUGCUGCUUUAAUCAGCUUUAUUCAAAAGCUCAAACACUACACAAGAAAGAGACUGAACAGGAUCUCCACUCAGAGCUUAAACCUUUAUGAUUUUAUAUAAUAACCCUUAUUUAUUGAACGUGAUGUUUGUAAUACAGGUAAUGAAGUUUUGAGAGCUUUCUAUGUUAAAGGAUUAUUUUAGUGUUGUUAAACGUUGGCUUUAUUCUGACGUAUCAUGACAAGUCUUGAAUUGCUUCACCCUGCAGCCAUUCAACAGGCUCUAAUGGCUUCAAUGUAAGCUUUUAGAGCAAGCAUGCCCGACUGUAGCUUCAACUUCAUUGUCCCCAAGGCGAAAUUUGUUUAACAGGCAGGUAAAAACAUAAAGACAACACAGGCAGAUAGAUUCAGGUACUAGAAAUCAAUAACAAUAACAAUCCAAACUAGAGCUUUGUUAGUUAUCAGACAAACCUAAUCUACUGAAUCAUCAUCAGAAUUUAGCAGUUUGAUAGUUUCUAGGGAUUUUCCAAAGCGACUAAUAUCCUUGUAGUUUAAAUGGACAUUUUAAUUUAGACUACCAGACUAGUUUAAAGGUAAGAAAACACCACAAUAAAUGAACAGGACUGAACACGGGAUCACAGAGUCUGCAGAAAAGCAAUGUCAGAUUGGUUUGCAGAGUGUGGCUAACACUAGCAGAGCUAGCACCACCUUCAGGUUAGCGUCCUCAUUAGGGAUGCACCGAUCCUACUUUUUUGGUCCCAAUACCGAUAUCAAUACCUGGGCUUUGGUAUCUGCCGAUCCGAUCCCGGUAUUGAUUUAACAAUCUCUAUUCCUUAAUGUGAGGAUAGAAUCAUGUUUUGGCAACUUCAGGCUUCUCUGACUUUGUAAACCAAAAUAAAGUAAACAUUUUUAAACUGACAGUAUCAUUAUUCAAGAGAUUAUAAAUGUGUACCAGCAGUCUGGUGAGUUAAUCUUCAUAACCAAUAGUUAUUGUAAACACAGAAAAGCAUAGAACUGAGAUGAAUAGAUCUGCCAUAUGGAUCGGCACUAUAUAUCGCCCCCUUGUCACCAAUAUCCGAUCUAGCUUAUUGAGUCCGAUCUAGCCGAUAUCCGAUAUCAGGAUCGGAUCGGUGCAUCCCUAGUCCUCAUGCCUGUGCUGGUUCCUCAUAUCUCUGGUGGAGUGGUUCUAUGUCAGUUCAACCAGACACAGCCUACAUACAACUUUAUCUCCAUUUACUAGAUCAACACACUGACAAACCAAAUCCUCCCGGAUCAAUUCACUUGAUUCUUUGUUAGCCGUUUGCUCCUGUAAACCCAAAAUUUAUAGAAUAGAUAAAUAAAUCCUAAAUAAAUAUAUGAAAGAUUAUAGCCAAGGUUUAAACGUACCAGAACUCCUCUUUAGGACCCUCUUCAUUGCAGCUCUCGCUAUGAAGGACAUGAUUUAUGAGAUCCCCAACAGGAAAAGCUUUCUGAUAAAGUUAGUCUUUUAUCAGUUUUUAGUUUUCAGUGUUUUUAAAAAGUUAAAACAGAUAAACUCGAUCCACGUCAGACGCAGCUCAGAGCUCCCUGAUCUUCUAAAGGACAUGAAAACAUGAAGAAGUGCAAUAAGAGAUGAAGUUAUCUGACGUGGAUUUCCCAGUGAGACUAAUAUGAAGUUAUUAAAUGUUAGCGGUAGAUGUGUUUUUCUCAGCGGCUGAUUCUUUUUCCUGGUGAUGUGUUUGUUGUGAUUUGUAUGCUCCUGAUUUCAAAGUAAAAGCCUUCCCUCACUCCCUGCUGAAAUGUA